AUUACCCAAAAAGAAAAGGGAAUUAAGGAAAAAAACUCAAUAAGAGUCAGUGAUGAUAAGGAUCACACGGAGUCUUAUAUAACUUCGCAUUUUUUGUGUAAACAGAGAAUAUUUUGUAGAGGGAUUUCAGAUCUUUAGCACAAGCACUAUGAAGCCAUCUUAUGUGCCCAAAUCAAUAUCCAGUUUGUUACAGGAUCUGGAGAACAUCGACGAUAUUGACGAUAAACUCGAGUUCUUAGAUUUUCAUCUUCACCAGCAUGAGUUAGAAAUGAAAUGGGUUGAGGUUGCCAAAGACCUUUUCCCUCAAUGCAUGCUGCUACUAAUGGAUGCGGUUGAAACAUUAAGAGAAGAAAUAGCAAAAGUGAAGGCAACUAAAUCAUCUGCAUCAGGAGAACAAGAAAUAGGGCGUUUGGAAAAGAAGCAGAGAAUGAACUCUAACACAACAGAGAGUGCCAAAGGGACAAAAAGAUUGAGAGCUGAUUAUCGUCCCAAGCCGCUCACCGACCCAACGGGGAAAAAUAAUAGAAGAUGCUGGACCUCUGAACUUCAUAAUCAUUUUGUCAGAUCUGUAGAAAUCCUUGGAGGCCCUGAAGUGGCAACUCCUAGUGAGAUUAAAAUUUUGAUGGAAGCUGAAGGCCUGAGUACGGAUCAAGUAAAAAGCCAUCUGCAGAGAUACCGUCUCCAAAGCCGAAGGGCAUCACAACCAAGUGAGAAUCCAGUUAAAUCUCCCCAAGGACAUUCAAACAGAGUGGAUCUGUGAAAGUUUCUACACCAACAUAAUGGUGUCAUGCUUUUCUGAGGUUCUCUGGGGCUGGUCAUAACAUGCAAGGUUGUGAAGGCAAAAAUGCAGAGAGUGGUGCACCAGAUAGCAAGUGAUAAGGCUUCACAAACCCUCUUGCAUCAUGUCAUUGAUGUGUUUUUGCAUAUGUUAUUUGUUGAUUACCCCCAUCCUAGGAAGCACAAUCACUUCUAAAAUGGCGACGUGUCCGUGUCGGACACCGAUACUGCUCGGACACGUGUCCAAACUGUGUCAUGUUUUGCAUAUGUUAUUUGUUUAUUACCCCGAUCC